GCCAUGCACACGCCGAACCCAAUCACAACAACUUGUUCCGGCUCCUCUUCCAGACUUGCAGUGCCCCGAGACCAUAUUUCUCGCAAUCUCGAGUCUCAUCUCUGCAGGUUAGCUAAUUCCUCUUCCGAUCCACCGAUCAGUACUGCUUAGCUUGCUCUCUCUGUCGUACGUCAAUGAAGCACAUGACGAGAGAUUUCCAGUCCGAGGUGGCUGCGGCGGUGCCGCUCUCCCUCUCGCUGUCCCUCGGCGCCAUGGCAGCCGAGCGCAAGAUCAAGAAGCUCCGACAUCGCACCGCCGGAGGCGCCGGCGAGUCUUUCGUGUGCAAGACUUGCAGCCGCGCCUUCGCGUCGUUCCAGGCGCUGGGCGGGCACCGGACAAGCCACCUCCGUGGGCGCCACGGCCUCGCGCUCAGCCUCUCCGGGUCGCCGCCGCCGCCGCCGCCCAGGAAGUCGACGGAGCAGAAGAACAGCAAGCCGAGCCAGCAGCAGCAGCACGAGUGCCACGUGUGCGGGGCCGGGUUCGAGAUGGGGCAGGCGCUCGGGGGACACAUGCGGCGCCACCGCGAGGAGGCCGCCGCGCAGGCGCAGGCGCCGCCCGUUCUGCUCCAGCUCUUCGUCUAGAUUGACUAGUUGACUACACUUUCAUUUGUUAGUUUCUGACGCGUGUGCACGUACGUACGUGCACACUUCCCUAGGUGGUGGUGUUGAUAGUUUGGUUCAUUCGUUCAUUUGGCCGUGUACAUAUACGUACAGUUUGGGACUUGUUCGUUCAUUUCACCAGAGAUAUAUAUACACAUUGGUUGGUUCGUUUUCUUUC